AUGCGAUUCGAUUUCUUAUUAUUAUUUAUUCUCUACGCCACAUAUCCAUGUCCAUCAUAUAGUGUAUUUUCAAUUCAACAAACAUUAACUAUACUAUGUGAUCAAUUUCCUCUUAUUUCUUAUGAUAAUAAUACAAAUUUACAAUGUGCUCGUUUACGUCGAGAUGAGAAUAUUCCAAUAGCAACUAAUGAUCUUGAUAGACCUAGUCAAAUAAUUCUUUUUACUAUUAUCGAUCAACCAUCAUUACAAUCAUCUCCUGUUAAUAUAAUUCUAAAUUUUAAUCAAUCAUUAGAUUUACCAUCAUCAAUUAAUGAAAUACGUCUUGGUUUAUUAGUUACGAAUUCGAAUUUUAUAAUAAAUAAUGCAACUACACAAGUAUUUACACCAUAUAAUAUACCUAUAUUUCAAUGGCAAGCUUCAGAUACAAAUACCUAUAAUCUUACUGAUGUACUUCAACUUGAAAAUGGUGAUUAUAUAACAGAUAAAAGUCUAUGUAAAUGGAAUCUUAAUCAAUGGAAUCGUUUAUUCAAUGGCAAUGCAUUUAGUAAUAUUUCUUAUGUUUAUUUUUUGAAAACAACAGAUUCUCAAUUAAGUUUUACACUUAUAAAUACAAGUAAUAAAUCAUCAUCAUUAUCAAUACCAUCACCUUAUUUGGAUAUACUUUAUUGUGUUCCAUAUAAAUUAGGAACAACAGAAAUAGUAUUAUUGGUUUGUUUUGGUCUUAUUUUUAUUACUGUUGUUAUUAUUCUUAGUAUUUCACAAUAUUUAAAAAGUGGCGAUGAUAAUCAAGCUACACGUCGUUUACAAGAUUAUUAUCAUCGAAAUGGAGAAGAUAACUAUUUAAGAAAGCAAUUCAAAGAUAUUCGACAUCGUGGAAAUAUAUCAGCUUUACCUAGUGAACAUGAUGAUCAAGUUCCUAUUGACGGCGAGAUAUUUGAACAUUGA